AUGACACCUGAUCCCACUUCCUGUGUUUCAGAGGUCUUCCUCGUAUUUCUUAUCCUGAUCCAGUUUUAUACCACAGAAUCCCAAAUUACCAAACACACUUCAAACUCUUAUCGUAAUUGCAGUAAAGUGUGUAGACGUGAAAAGAUUGAUUGUGCUAACGAGUGUCGUGUAGACCAUAUUCGUAAUCGGAAGGACUUUUUGGAAUGUGCUGUAGAGUGUAAAGAGGACUAUGUAGAGUGUGAUACAGAAUGCAUGUGUUUGAUACCAUGUGACCAACAGAGGGCCAAUUGUAUACAAGACUGUGCGACGCGAGAAGGUCGGUCCAAACGCAGGUGCUACCGGACGUGCUUUAAAGACUUCCAUGAAUGCUAUGAUGAGUGUAUGUAGUUCAUAAUAGAACUGACCUUGACAUUCUGAGUCAGAGAAUCGGUGACGUAACUGUCUCGCUAUAGUGACAUGUAGGGCUGUAUCUUUUGAAGUUUUUGAAUCAAGGUUUAUUGGAUUAAUAAAAAGAUUUAGAAAUUGACA